GGCAUUUAGCAACCGGCGCGCGGAAGAAGCGGCGUGUUGUCGCUUUAUUUACCAUUUAACAUUUUCCCAUUUGAGUCACUAUGGCUUCAGAUGACAUUGCUCAGCUGGCUGAUGCUCUCUCUAAGACCCAUGUUGGUGAUGGAGAGUUGAGCUACAAAGGCCUUGGACUGAAGCUUGACAAUGCAGGAUCAGCGGAGCAGCUGGCCCGAGACAUCAAGCAGUACCAGGGUUUGAGAGCUCUACGCCUAGAAGGAAACACUCUGGGAGUUGAAGCUGCCCAAGCCAUUGCAAAGGCUCUGGAGAACAAAGACAUGCUUCAGAGAUGCUACUGGAGUGACAUGUUCACUGGAAGACUACGCUCUGAAAUUCCACCAGCCCUGAGGUCCAUGGGGAGUGCAAUAAUGAGUGCAGGGGCCAGGCUGACUGAGCUGGACCUGAGUGAUAAUGCUUUUGGGCCAGAUGGUGUCAAAGGAAUCGAGCAGCUGCUUAAGAGCCCCUCCUGCCACACCUUGAGGGAGCUAAAGCUCAACAAUUGUGGUAUGGGGAUUGGUGGAGGAAAGAUCUUGGCUGAAGCCCUGAUUGAGUGCCACAGACAGUCAUCGUCUCUUGGAGCUCCACUUAGACUAAGAGUGUUUAUAGCAGGGAGGAACCGCCUGGAAAAUGAAGGAGCUAGCGCCUUGGCUAAGGCCUUUCAGCUGAUGGGCAGCCUUGAAGAGAUUCACAUGCCCCAGAAUGGAAUAAACUACUCAGGUGUGAUGGCGUUAGCUUCAGCCAUUCGACAUAACCCAGAGCUUCGAGUCCUCAACCUCAAUGACAACACUUUCACCAAGAAGGGCUCGCUGCCCAUGGCACAGGCUCUGAGGCAUCUCAGGAACAUCCAAGUGAUCAAUUUUGGUGACUGUCUGGUCCGUUCUGAGGGAGCUGUCGCCCUCGCUGCAGUCCUGAGAGAAGGACUGCCAAUCCUCAAGGAGCUUAAUCUGUCAUUUGGUGAGAUCACUGAAGCAGCAGCACUAGUGGUGGCUCAGGCUGUUGCAGACAAAGCUGAUAUGGAGAAAUUGGAUCUAAACGGUAACUGUCUUGGAGAGGAGGGCUGUGAGGCUUUGAGAGAGGCUAUGGAGAACAUGAACAAAGGAGACGUGCUCGAGUCACUCAGUGAUGAUGAGGGAGAUGAGGAUGAUGAAGAUGACAGUGGAAACGAUGAUGAUGAUGACGAUGAUGAUGAUGAUGAUGAUGAUGAUGUCAGUGAUGACUGCAAUGAAGAGAAUGAGGAGGGCAGUGAAAACGACAUAACAACAAAUGGAAAUGGUCCUGUUUCGCCUAACAGUCCUGCGGAGAUCACGUCGUUCCUCAGCUACCCCUCUGCAGAACGGCUUCUCCAGCUGGGAGAGUUGAGGACACACCUUCAGCAAGAGGUCGAUGCAUCUGAGCCACAGAAAGCUGCUGAUGUCAUUCUGAAAAUCGGUUCCCUAUACAGUGAAGAUCCCGAGACCAAGGCUGCUGUUCUGGAUACUAUCGAUGCAAUGUUGAAGAAGCUCCUCUCUGGCUCCACCCUCCAGUCAUACUGCUUCCUCUCCACACUGCUGGUCAUGAUGGGACUACUCAAGAUGGACAGCAAGUGGAGUGUGAAAGCUCAGAUGUGGAGAUGGAAGAAGGAAGAGAGGCAAAGAAAUCUGGGCCUCUCCCUCAUUGAGGUGCUGACCCAGCUUUUCUAA